AUGACAUAUCUAUCUCUUAUCCUCAACAACCUCACCUACGCAAAACAAUUAAACCCCAAAAUGCAAAUCACCCACCUAAGCGACCUAACACCCCCAUCCCAAGAGCGCACCUGGCUCACAGCGCCCCACCCCACCCUCCCCCUCCUCGCAACCUGCAGCAGCGACAAGACCGUCCGGAUCUACUCUCUAAGCAAUUUCACCCUCCUCUCCACAAUAACAGGUGGCCACAAAAGAUCCGUCCGCACAGCAGCCUGGAAGCCACACAGUGACGGGGAAUCCGUACUGGCAACAGGCAGUUUCGACGCCACAGUGGGGAUCUGGCGACGAUGGGACAAUUACGGGGGCGAGGCUGAAAGCGCCUCCGACGAUGAUGAAGAAUGGCGCUUUGCAGUGCUCCUUGAUGGCCAUGACAGUGAAGUCAAGUCUGUUUCGUGGUCUGCCUCUGGGAUGCUGCUUGCUACGUGUUCGAGGGACAAGAGUAUUUGGAUUUGGGAGGAUUUGAAUGAUGGGGAUAAUAAUUUUGAGACUGUUGCUGUUAUGCAGGAGCAUGGGGGUGAUGUGAAGUGUGUUUCGUGGCAUCCUUCUGAGGAGUGUCUUGCGAGUGGGAGUUAUGAUGAUAGUAUUCGGAUUUGGAGGGAGGAUGUUGAUGAUUGGGGGCAGGUGGCUUGUUUGAAGGGGCAUGAGGGGACUGUUUGGUUUGUUGAGUGGGAGAGGGAGGUUGAGGGGGAAUCUGGGCCUAGAUUGCUUUCUUGUUCCGAUGAUCGGACUGUGAGGGUUUGGAAGAGGGUUGUUAAAGGGUCUGGGGAUGAGGCUGGGCCGCUUUCUUCGGCUUCGACUGGAAUUCCUAGUAUUAUUCGGCCUGUUGGGAGUGAUGAGGUUUGGGAGCAGGAGGGUUUGCUUCCCAAGGCGCAUGAGUUGGCUGUUUAUGCGGUUGCUUGGAGCAAGACUAGUGGGUUGGUUGCUUCCACUGGUGCUGAUGGGCGGAUUGCGCUUUAUGAAGAGCGGGUUGUUGAUGAGGCUUCUGGGAAGAAGGAGUGGACGUUGCUUGCUGUUCAGGAUGGGGCACAUGGUAUCUAUGAGAUUAAUCAUGUUGCUUGGGCGAAAAGGGCCGAUCGAGGUGGUCAGGAGGAAGAAGUGCUUGUUUCUACGGCUGAUGAUGGCAGUGUCAAGGUCUGGACUGUGCAAUAA